AUGGAAAAACGAUAUAAUUGUAAUUAUAAUGUGGCUUCUUUCUCUUUACAACAACAACAACAACAACAACAACAACAACAACAGAUAGCAACAAUAACAACAACAACAACAGCAACAACAAUAACAACAAUAACAACAACAACAACAGUAACAACAACUGUUUAUAAGCAUCAACAACAACUAUGA